GUCGGGACACUCGGUCGUCCUCGUCGUCGUCGUCGUCGUCGUCGUCGCCGUCGGUGGUGCUCAGCCGAUUAGGUUAAGAGGAGCGGGCGCGCGGUCGGAGAGAGAAAAUAGUCGUCGUCGUCGCGCGUUCGAGAGCUCGCGUUUUAUUCGUCGCGUACGCGAUCGCGAACCGCGUUUACUACGUUCACACCGUACACACGCAUAUACUUAUAUAUAUUAUAAAUAGAAAAAUAAAAAAAUAUAUAUAUAUAAAUAAAAUACAUAUAUAUACGAGAGAAUAUAUAAAAGCGCGGAGAAAACGGAAGUAUAUAUCUGUCGCGUACUUAUAUGUAUGUUUAAAGCGCGCGUAGUGUAACACGCGGUAGUGGUGUCAGUGUGGAUUGUUUUUCUUGUUGUUUUCUGUUGCUCCAGAUUCUCUCUCUCGGAAACUGAAACCGAUAAUUUGACGAGACGUCAACGGCGGCGGCAGCAGCUGCCGCCGAAUCUAUAGUGCGAGCACAAAUUCGCGUUCUCGUCGACCUGGACGCAGGACGAAACCAGGACGGAUCCGCUGUUCUUACGCCUGGCUUACGAGGACAAGAAGCGAAGCGCGUUCGCCAAGGACGAAGACACCGAAUUUGGAUCGGUGGUGCUUGUACGUAUCGACGAAAACAUCGAUACAUCAUUCGUACAUUGGAUUCGUGUAGAAAUAGCAAAUCCUCGGUCGGACAGUGCGUCGUCAGGACGACAGUGAUCGAGUGGUCUCUGGAUAGAAAGGCGUUUACGAGCGAGGGAAGGAGCAUUUUCGGAGCAAGUAGACACAGACGUAUAUAAGAGGACCGAAGAAACGAGGUGAACGCGCGCUGACAAAAGCUCGUGGCUGGCGGCGCCGCGCGGACGCGGAAGCGGGCCGUUUUUUGGGGUUCCUUGUGGCGCGUCGCGCAUCCCCGGAGGCGGCGCGAAAUUAUGAAGCGCAUAAAGUGCGCCCUACUGGCCGUCGCAGCUGCCGCUGAUUGUGAUAGCCGCCGGUGAAUGUGUGACCCGGGGGCAGCAGAGAUCCGCCGGGAUGACGACCGAAGGGACGACCGAGCAGCCCCCGGUAGAAGACUGCCUCAAGGAGCGGAAAUGGUGGUGCUUCCUGCUGUCGAGCAUCUUCACCUUCCUCGCCGGGCUGCUGAUCGUGCUCCUCUGGCGUGCGUUUGCCUUCCUCUGCUGUCGCAAGGAGCCGGAACUAUCCCCAAAUGACCCGAAGCAGAAGGAGCAGAAGACGGCCCGCCAGGGCAAGGAGUUCGAGGGGACUUUUAUGACCGAGGCCAAGGACUGGGCCGGCGAGCUAAUUUCCGGACAGACCACCACUGGACGUAUCUUGGUGGUGUUAGUUUUCGUUCUCAGUAUAGCAUCGCUUAUAAUAUACUUCAUCGAUGCCUCCAACGAAAAGGUGGAGUGUUGCCAGAAGUGGAGCAACAACAUUACUCAGCAGAUAGACUUAGCUUUCAAUAUAUUUUUUAUGGUCUACUUUUUUAUACGCUUUAUCGCCGCCAGUGACAAGCUGUGGUUCAUGCUGGAGAUGUAUUCGUUCGUGGACUACUUUACGAUACCACCGUCCUUUGUAUCGAUAUAUCUCGAUCGGACGUGGAUCGGACUGAGGUUCCUCCGAGCCCUACGACUGAUGACGGUCCCUGACAUCCUCCAGUACCUCAACAUUCUAAAGACAUCGAGCUCUAUUCGUCUCGCCCAACUCGUAUCCAUCUUCAUUUCCGUAUGGUUGACCGCUGCUGGCAUCAUUCAUUUGCUUGAAAACUCAGGGGACCCUUUCGAGUUCACGAACCCGCAACAGCUUUCGUACUGGACAUGUGUGUACUUUCUGAUCGUGACGAUGUCCACGGUAGGAUAUGGCGACGUUUUCUGCCAGACGGUCCUCGGCCGCACAUUCCUAGUAUUUUUUCUACUCGUCGGUUUGGCAAUUUUUGCUAGUAGCAUACCCGAGAUAAUAGACCUCGUAGGCAGUAGGUCCAAGUACAGCGGCGAGUACAAGCGGGAGCAUGGAAAGAGACAUAUUGUCGUGUGUGGCCACAUCACCUACGAAUCGGUCUCGCAUUUCCUCAGAUUCCUACACGAGGAUCGCGAGGACGUCGACGUAGAAGUUGUCUUCUUGCAUAGGAAAGAGCCGGAUCUCGAAUUGGAGGGUCUCCUGAAGAGGCAUUACACGACCGUGGAGUUUUUUCAGGGCACCAUGAUGAAUGCCGUGGAUCUGGAGCGCGUCAAGGUACACGAAGCGGACGCGUGUUUGGUACUGGCGAACAAAUACUGCCAGGAUCCGGACGCAGAAGACGCGGCGAACAUCAUGCGCGUCAUCUCCAUCAAGAACUACUCGGAUGACAUUCGCGUUAUCAUUCAAUUAAUGCAGUAUCAUAACAAGGCCUACUUACUAAACAUUCCAUCGUGGGAUUGGAAGCAGGGUGACGACGUCAUUUGCCUGGCGGAAUUGAAACUAGGUUUCAUCGCGCAAUCCUGCCUCGCUCCUGGCUUCAGCACAAUGAUGGCCAAUCUCUUCGCGAUGCGUUCCUUCAAGACGUCGCCGGACACACAGGCGUGGCAGAAUGAUUACCUGCAGGGCACGGGCUGCGAGAUGUACACGGAAACCCUCUCCCCGUCCUUUACCGGGAUGACAUUUCCCCAAGCCAGCGAGUUGUGCUUCACCAAACUGAAGCUUCUACUACUGGCCAUCGAAAUAAAGGGCGAAGGAGGCUCCGACAGUAAAAUCUCGAUUAACCCACGUGGUGCCAAGAUCGUUGCAAAUACUCAGGGAUUCUUCAUUGCUCAAUCUGCUGACGAAGUGAAACGGGCGUGGUUCUAUUGCAAAGCAUGCCACGACGAUAUUAAAGACGAGACUCUGAUCAAGAAGUGCAAGUGCAAAAAUUUGGGGCAGCAGCAGCGCUCCUGGGGCCGGGACUUAGUGGCCACAUUCCGGAAAGGCGUGCGAGCUGUUCAAAUGGUUGGAAGAGCAAGUGAAGAUCUCUCGUACACAAACGACCACCAUCCUCCCCCCACAUUCACUCCGCCAGAACUGCCCAAGAUGGUUCACGUAAGAGGUGAAAUCAGCCGCGAACGAGACGAUCCGAAUGCCAUGAGAAAUCAUCGGAACUCCGUUGGGAUGACCAUGAUGAAUUCGACAAAGCAGGUCAACAAGGUGAAGCCGAACGUGAAUCGAGCGCCGAAUGACAGUCUGUCCAGUCCGAAUCAGCCGUAUAAUCAGAGAUCGCAAGAGGAGUCCGCAUACGCUGGCUACCAUCUCGCCUACGAAGUCAAAAAGCUCAUGCCAACGAGCAGAGCCUCGGCUGGCACGAACGUCAACAACAAUGGUGGUCUUCAGGUCGGGAUCGCUGACGAUCAAGCGAAGGAUUUCGAUUUCGAGAAGACCGAGAUGAAAUACGACUCGACGGGGAUGUUCCAUUGGAGUCCCUCUCGCAACCUCGAAGACUGCAUACUGGAUCGUAACCAGGCGGCGAUGACAGUCUUAAACGGACACGUCGUCGUCUGCCUGUUCGCCGAUCCCGACUCGCCUCUCAUCGGACUGAGAAACCUUGUCAUGCCAUUACGAGCUUCCAAUUUUCAUUACCACGAGCUUAAACACGUAGUGAUAGUCGGAUCGGUGGACUACAUACGCCGCGAGUGGAAAAUGUUGCAGAAUCUACCAAAGAUAUCGGUUCUAAAUGGUUCGCCAUUAAGUAGAGCCGAUUUACGUGCCGUUAACGUGAAUCUAUGUGACAUGUGUUGCAUCCUGUCGGCAAAAGUGCCUAGCAAUGAUGACCCCACCCUCGCCGACAAGGAGGCCAUCCUCGCGUCCCUUAAUAUCAAGGCUAUGACUUUCGACGAUACAAUCGGCGUGCUUAGCCAAGUUGGCAGCCCGAUCGUUUUGCAGCGGCGGGGAUCCGUUUACGGAGCAAAUGUGCCAAUGAUUACAGAACUUGUAAAUGACAGCAACGUGCAGUUCCUUGACCAGGACGACGACGAUGACCCGGACACGGAACUCUACCUCACACAACCGUUUGCCUGCGGCACUGCCUUCGCAGUCAGCGUAUUGGAUUCGCUUAUGUCGACGACAUACUUCAACCAAAACGCGCUGACUCUGAUUCGGUCAUUGAUCACCGGUGGAGCUACACCCGAGUUGGAAUUGAUCCUGGCUGAAGGAGCAGGUUUAAGGGGAGGUUACAGUACGGCAGACAGUCUGUCCAAUAGAGAUCGGUGUCGCGUUGGUCAGAUCGCGUUGUACGACGGGCCAUUGGCUCAAUAUGGCGAGGGAGGCAAGUACGGUGACCUCUUUGUCGCAGCAUUAAAGUCGUACGGAAUGCUGUGCAUUGGUCUGUACAGGUUUCGAGACACUAGCUCGUCGUGCGACGCCUCUUCCAAGCGAUACGUGAUCACAAAUCCACCCGAUGACUUCACAUUACUACCUACAGAUCAGGUUUUCGUGCUGAUGCAGUUCGAUCCGGGUCUCGAAUAUAGGCCAAGCAGAGGUGCCCGAGGCAAGGACGACUCCUCCUGAUUGUUGCUGUGUAGCGCCCUCACCGACGGACCAUAUUCCUACAUCUAAUCAUGCGUUAGAAAUCAUUGUGCCGCCCGUCGUCCCUUCAACCGUCUCGUCUUCGCCGAGGAACACCAUCGUCGUAUGAUAUCGCGCAUCAUCGAGUUCGCAAAAAAAAAAAAAAA